ACAGAGAAAGAGACACACAUACAGCACAUGAGCGUCGUCGAAGAGACCGGGAGAUAUUCGCGCUGCGAUUCAUUUAUUUUUAGAAACACGAAGACAAUCAAUCUUCCUCUGGAUCACUUUGUAAUAGAGGGACCUUAACGCUUUGGAUUAUUUCUUUACAUCUGCUGUAUUUGUCGAAGAUAAAAUCUCGGACAGAACAAUGAAACGGCAAGUACUGUUGUUUUUCUCGGUGUUUUCCCUCAGCUCAGUGUUCGGGCAGGUCACCUACUCUAUUCCCGAGGAAAUGUCAAAAGGCUCUCUAGUUGGUAAUAUAGCGCAGGAUUUAGGCUUAGACGUGAAAAGAUUGAAGUCAGGUAAAGCUCGCAUAUAUACAGGGGACAAUGCAGAAUACAUCGAGCUGAAUAAAGACAGGGGAGCCCUGCUUGUGAAAGAAAGAAUCGACAGAGAGGCGCUCUGUGGACAGACAACACCUUGUGCUCUACAUCUUCAAAUUACACUGGAAGACCCGAUUGAAUUCUACACAGUUACAGUCGAAAUUAAUGACAUUAACGAUAAUGCACCCAGCUUCAAAAAGGAUGAGAUGAAAUUUAGGAUUAGUGAGUCGGCUGUGAUUGGAGCAAAAUUUGUGCUAGAAAGAGCUAUGGAUCUAGAUGUCGGUGUGAACGGACUGCAGAGUUAUGCGCUAAAACCGACAGACAACUUUCAUCUAAAACUCCAAAAUCAGCAAGAUGGGAGUAAAAAGGUGGAGAUGGUUUUGCAAAAACAUCUGGACAGAGAGGCGCAGGAGCACCUCUCUUUAACUCUCACAGCAAUUGAUGGUGGUGAUCCUCAGCUGUCGGGAACAAUGCGAGUAGAAAUUUCAGUGCUAGACGUUAAUGACAAUGCCCCAGUAUUUACGCAGGAAGUAUAUAAGGUUACUAUAAUGGAGACUGCUCCGAAGGGCACAGUUUUGAGUACCGUUAGUGCUGUAGAUGCAGAUCAAGGUUCAAAUGGAAAAGUGUCAUAUUCAAUAACAAACACGUUGGAUGAUGUCCCUAUUAUGUUUCAAAUCGACGAAGAAAAUGGUGUGGUAGCUUUAGCUGGAAACCUGGAUUAUGAAAAAGCCCAGCACUAUGAAAUACACGUACAAGCUAGUGAUGAUGGAGGACUAACAGAUUCGUGUAAGAUUAUUGUUGAAGUGACCGAUACGAACGAUAAUCAUCCGUCUAUUAAUAUCAUGUCUAAGACUAAUUCAAUAUCAGAAAAUUCUAGGCCAGGAACUGUGGUAACUAUAUUUAAUGUUGAAGAUCCUGACUCUGGUGAAAAUGGCAAAGUCGCAUGUAAUAUCGAAGAACACAUGCCAUUUCUGAUGAAAACAACGUCGAAGAAAUUCUUCAGCCUUGUGACAGACAGUGAUUUAGACAGAGAGAAAAACUCUGAGUAUAAUAUAACUGUGACCUGCUCCGAUGAGGGAGUGCCCUCCCUCUCCAGCAGCGUCACUCUCACCUUACAGAUCUCUGAUGUGAAUGACAACGCGCCUGUCUUUGAGAGGAGCUCAUAUGAGGCCUACAUUGUAGAAAACAACACACCAGGCCUCUCUAUAUUCACAGUGAAAGCCAGAGACGCUGACUGGAACCAGAAUGCCCGUGUUUCUUACAUACUGGAGGACUCCUCUGUUAACGGAGUGCCAGUCUCCUCAUAUGUGUCCGUUAGUGCUGAUAGUGGAGUCAUCCAUGCAGUGCGCUCUUUUGACUACGAGCAGAUCAAAGAUUUCCACGUCCGCGUCAAAGCGCAGGAUGGAGGCUCCCCUCCACUCAGCAGCAAUGCGACUGUGAAAAUAAUGAUCCAGGACCAGAACGACAACCCGCCUCAGGUUCUGUACCCAGUCCAGACUGGUGGCUCUCUGGUGGCUGAAAUGGUGCCUCGUUCAGCAGAUGUGGGCUAUCUGGUCACUAAAGUGGUGGCUGUUGAUGUGGACUCUGGACAGAAUGCCUGGCUCUCCUAUAAACUGCAGAAAGCCGCAGACAGGGCGCUGUUUGAAGUGGGCUUACAGAAUGGAGAAAUAAGAACUGUCCGCCAAGUCACUGAUAAAGAUGCUGUGAAACAAAGACUGACUGUUAUAGUGGAGGACAACGGGCAGCCCUCUCGUUCAGCUACAGUCAUUGUUAACGUGGCGGUGGCGGACAGCUUCCCUGAAGUGCUGUCGGAGUUCACUGACUUUACACACGACAAGGAGUACAACGACAACCUGACUUUUUACUUAGUGUUGGCUCUGGCUGUAGUUUCCUUCCUGUUCAUCACGUGUUUAGUGGUUAUUAUAUCAGUGAAAAUCUACAGAUGGAGACAGUCUCGCAUCCUGUAUCACUCCAGCCUCCCUGUGAUUCCGUAUUAUCCACCACGUUACUCGGACACUUUGGGGACAGGGACUCUCCAACACGUGUACAAUUACGAGGUGUGCAGGACGACUGACUCCAGAAAGAGUGACAGUAAGUUCGGCAGAGCUGGUAGUCAGAACGUGCUGAUAAUGGACCCCAGUUCUACGGGGACGAUGCAGCGGAUACAGAGUGAAAAGAGCAUCCUGGAUGAGCCAGACUCUCCUCUAGAGAUCUCCGAUGUGAAUGACAACGCGCCUGUCUUUGAGAGGAGCUCAUAUGAGGCCUACAUUGUAGAAAACAACACACCAGGCCUCUCUAUAUUCACAGUGAAAGCCAGAGACGCUGACUGGAACCAGAAUGCCCGUGUUUCUUACAUACUGGAGGGCUCCUCUGUUAACGGAGUGCCAGUCUCCUCAUAUGUGUCCGUUAGUGCUGAUAGUGGAGUCAUCCAUGCAGUGCGCUCUUUUGACUACGAGCAGAUCAAAGACUUCCACUUCCGCGUCAAAGCGCAGGAUGGAGGCUCCCCUCCACUCAGCAGCAAUGUGACUGUGAAAAUAAUGAUCCAGGACCAGAACGACAACCCGCCUCAGGUUCUGUACCCAGUCCAGACUGGUGGCUCUCUGGUGGCUGAAAUGGUGCCUCGUUCAGCAGAUGUGGGCUAUCUGGUCACUAAAGUGGUGGCUGUUGAUGUGGACUCUGGACAGAAUGCCUGGCUCUCCUAUAAACUGCAGAAAGCCGCAGACAGGGCGCUGUUUGAAGUGGGCUUACAGAAUGGAGAAAUAAGAACUGUCCGCCAAGUCACUGAUAAAGAUGCUGUGAAACAAAGACUGACUGUUAUAGUGGAGGACAACGGGCAGCCCUCUCGUUCAGCUACAGUCAUUGUUAACGUGGCGGUGGCGGACAGCUUCCCUGAAGUGCUGUCGGAGUUCACUGACUUUACACACGACAAGGAGUACAACGACAACCUGACUUUUUACUUAGUGUUGGCUCUGGCUGUAGUUUCCUUCCUCUUCAUCACGUGUUUAGUGGUUAUUAUAUCAGUGAAAAUCUACAGAUGGAGACAGUCUCGCAUCCUGUAUCACUCCAGCCUCCCUGUGAUUCCGUAUUAUCCACCACGUUACUCGGACACUUUGGGGACAGGGACUCUCCAACACGUGUACAAUUACGAGGUGUGCAGGACGACUGACUCCAGAAAGAGUGACAGUAAGUUCGGCAGAGCUGGUAGUCAGAACGUGCUGAUAAUGGACCCCAGUUCUACAGGGACGAUGCAGCGGAUACAGAGUGAAAAGAGCAUCCUGGAUGAGCCAGACUCUCAUCUAGAGCAAAAGCCCCCCAACAAUGACUGGCGCUUCACACAGGGACAGAGACCCGGACCUAGCGGUCCCCACAUGCCAUACGGUACACACAUACGAUGGACGCCGAAGAGUGGGACAAGGGCAACUGGAGGACCUGAGGUUGCCAUGGGAACUGGCCCCUGGCCCCAGCCCCCGACUGAGGCUGAGCAGCUCCAGGCCCUGAUGGCUGCAGCUAACGAAGUGAGCGAGGCUACAGCCACCCUGGGGCCCGGUACCAUGGGUCUGAGCACCCGCUACAGCCCCCAGUUCACCCUGCAGCACGUGCCCGACUAUCGCCAGAACGUCUACAUCCCUGGCAGCACGGCCACCCUCACCUCCAACCCCCAGCAGCAGCAGGCCACAGCCCAGCAGGCCACCCAGCAGGCGCUGCCCCCGCCCCAAGCCUCGGCCCAGCCCGAGCCCCCCAAGGCCGCCCAGACCCCUGCCUCCAAGAAGAAGUCCACCAAGAAGGAGAAGAAGUAGAGUUGGAUGGAGAGAGGUGGAGGAAAGAUAAACCCGGCCUGAUCUGAGGAGAAAUUCAACCCCCCAUACCCUCCCAUUUGGUAUCUUACUGCUCUGCUGUCACUCAUGCUAGCCACGGUCUAAAUAACGACAGCAAGUCACUUUUAAUCACAUGGACGAUGUUGAUGGUUCUUUGAAAGAGUGUUGUGAAUAAUCUGAAUGUGCUGAGGGCUGUUACUGGUGUUGGUAACCCGUGCUGUGCUAAAGGUCUAGUAUUGCUCACAUAAUCUUUGUCGGUGGAUAAUUUUGGCAGGGUAUAGGGGGUUAUUGUUUUUUUGCUUUUUUUUUAUUUUGACAAAAAUCAAAUGAACAUGGACAAAAAGAUUCAGUGUAAGGAACCUUGCUGGGCUGACAAGGCUAUACGCAGUGAUGUAUUCAGAGAUGAAAUGUUAGUGUCUUUCAUGUUGGAUUUAUUGUGCUCUUUCCCUGAGGUGGAAAGUCAGCCAUUGUAAAGUACGCUAGUUGCCAUCCAUUAGAUUCCUAUAUAGGUUUAGCCUAGCAGGGUCUUAAAGCAUAAGUCCUGUGGAUAUAAGGCUGUCGUUUGACAGGUAUUACAAACUCUUCUGCAUGCUCUUUAAGGUUCAAACCACAUAUACUAGUUUAGAGUUGCAAACUAUGCAUUGCAAAAGCAAAGAGGAGGACAUCCUGAAUCGGUUAUCCUCCCUCCAAUCGCAGGUCAAUAUAAUGCACAUGUAGCAUUUACUUGACACAAAAUGAAAAUUACUUUUGUAAUCAUAGUUCAAAAAAAAUAUGACUUUAAUCUCCUGAUAUUUUUAUGAACUGAGCAUGCACCCAGAGGAAGGGCUGGCAGAGGAGGGGGUGACAUGGCGUUGUGUCAUGGAGUCACGAGCCAUGCUGUCCAUGCAGGUGGUAUAGCAGCAGGGACUGGCUUCUUGUAUAACACCUCCAGAUGUCCUGCACCCCCCCUUUCACACCCAGCUCGUGUCCUCCCCUCACUCACUAUCCCAUGUUGAGAGCCAAACAAAGAGAAAUGCACUGUUCGUAUUCUUAAAAUGAGAUGAUGUAGGGGUAGUAAUCACUUCGGUCUUUAGGAAAAGGCAUAGAUGUGCUAAAUUUAAGUGCUUAGGCGUUUCUGGACACUAGAGUAUUUCCCCUCACUAUCCUGAAGUGCUGAAGAACCUUCUUGAUGUGACACAAAACUUUUUUUUUGGGGAGGGGGGGUAAUGAUUAGAUAGCAUAGAGGAAUUGUUUGUAUAAGAUAUGAAGUCUUUACUUUACCGUCCAUCUCUCUGUCAGGCCUCUGGCCAGAUACAACUGCAUGAGAAAAGGCAGCUUGCAGGCUGGGUCAGGGGGAGUGGAGUGGGUGUGAUGAGGGGUACACAGACUGAGGUGGCACCAUUGCAUCCACCAGGAGCUUUGGAAACAACCUUGGCUCUACCCACUGAAUGUACAGAGGAACCACUGUUGACCCGCCCACCCCUUAAACCUUCUCUAAUGCACUGACCCAGGUAGAGGUCAACAGAACCAAGCACAGCUGUCCCUGUUGGUGAGGUGAUACCACUCGAGAGCCCUUUGAACUAUCCCUCCUCCAUUGAGAGCAAUGGGAAACUUUAGCCUCUCUACCGUUCACCUCUCCCUUCCACUCCCUGGUCCUGCGAGGCUCUUCCCCACUGUAAAUAAACACAAGUCCUGUCGAUGGUAUGAGCCAGUUGUUUGUAUAGUAGGGACAACGUCCAACAUUUUCAAGUCCCUCUCCACAAGCCGUGGCUUACUACUGGAAUGUGUUGCAUUUUGUUUUUCAAGAAAAAUAAGAAAACCACAGUUAAAAAAAAUAAAAAAAUAAAUCAAUGAAUAAAGAUCUGAGAUGUUCUUCAACAGUUUGUGUUGCAAUGUAGUAACUAAGCACCAUGGAAGCCAACUAACUCUUCAGUGUAAAUAAAUGAAUUAAAGAUAACUUUAGAUAAGUAAACAAAGUGACACACGUAGACUAGUUAACUUGUGAUAUGUGUUGCUCAUAUUUUUGUGUUCAUUUUCUCUCUACUAUCUUUUAUCACCCUGUAAAGAAACAAAACAAAAAAAUAUGGAAAUGUUUCUAUCCUUCUGUAACCUCUUAAUGUUCUUUUGCGGUGAUUUUAUCUUGUGCAUUUGUGAAAGAAUGCCUCUCAUUCUCUUUCUGUCCAUAUGAACAAAUGAUUAUAAAUAUUAUAUAUGUGUAAGUCUGUCCGCUGCUGAAUUAAUGCUAUUCUAUCCUGCUGUAUUAUCUUUCUUAUCAAAUGCUUAGCCCCCACUCUAUACCCCUGUGUUACUCUUAUUUUUAUGCUAAUAUUUAUAUUGCUGUUUUAUUUUCUCUUGAACACUGACAUUUCAAAUAAAAAGAUUCUGAAAUCA